GCAAGCAGACACGUGUCAGCUUAAACACUUCCUAGACGAAUACGUGGCAAGCCCAGAACUGUAAUGAAAGCAUUUAUAUUAUUCAGUUUUUAUUAUCAUCUUCAUCACAUAACCAAAGUGGAGCUUCAAUCUGUACUCUUCUCUCCUCAGGUGAAUUCAGAAACAACAAUUUUUUUUUUGCGGCGACUAAGAAUGGGGGGUGGCAAAGAACAUGAAGAUAAAGGGUUGCUAUCGCACCUUGUUGGCGGUGGUCAUCAUCAUCAGGACCAGUAUCCACCGGCACAGGGAGGGUACCCUCCGCAGGGAUAUCCGCCAGCAGCUGGAGGGUACCCUCCUCAGGGCUAUCCACCACAAGGUUACCCUCCCGCUGGACAGUCAGGUUCACACCACUCGGGACACGGCGGAAUUGCUGGAAUGGUUGCUGGAGGCGCUGCAGCUGCAGCAGCAGCUUACGGCGCCAGUCAUGGUCACGGUCAUGGACAUGGUGGACAUGGUGGUCAUGGCGGCUAUGUGCAACACGCAGCCGGUGCUAUGGGUAUGCCAGGAUUUAGCGGCCACGGUCACGGGAAGUUCAAGCAUGGUAAGCAUGGUCAUGGCAAGUUCAAACAAGGGAAGCAUGGAAUGCUCAAGAAACAUGGAUUCAAGAAGUGGAAGUGAGCUUCACAUCAAGCCUCUUUAGUUGUUAAUUUUGGUUUAAAUAAAGAAUGUAUAAUUAAAUUUUAUGCAUAUUGUGGUAUGUAAUAAUCUGGCAUUUGCCACAAUCUAUGACAUCUUUGUAGUAUGAA